AUGUGGGUGGUACGAUACCAGAAUAUAUUGGAAGACGGCACCAUUAGUGUUAUUUCAUGUUGUCUUCAGGCCUCCAAAAGUUAUAGCAUAGGUAGAUCAAGCAAGAACCCAUUGAUAAUUAAGCAUGACAAGAGUAUAUCUAGACAACAUAUCACAUUAAAAUGGCAAAGCAAUAGCGGUUCAGACUCGAAUCAUAAUAGUCUCUGUUUAAUAAACCAGGGUAAAUUGACAUCAAUAAAUAACAAGUUCAUGAAAGUCGGUGAAACAUUUAUCAUCGAAGCUCUGGGAGUUUCGAAUUCUACUUUUAUCGAACUAGGUGCAACUCCUAUCCGUAUAGAGGUUGAAUGGAAAAAUCAAGUCUGGAAUAUUCCUUCUCAUUUGGCACAAUUUAGAACCGCACUCUCCCAAUUCGGUAUUUCCACAGAGACAUCUAUUAAUGAAGUUCCUACCAAUAUAAUGAUCAGCGAUUAUCCGAGUAGUGAUGACAAUGUAAUACGGGAGUUGUGUGCACUUGCAGAAAAUAUACCCUUAAAAAAGUCACAGUUGCUAGUUAAGUUAUGCAAUACGCUCCUGUCGGCAUCCAUAACGGAUUUAACGUUCGAUGAAAGAUGGAAUGAUAUCGUAAAAAGUCCGGAAUACGAUGUCUUUGACGCAAAUCCGGAUCUUUUGUUUUCAAAAUUUAUGAAGCUAAGUGAUAUCACUAUACUAACCACUAUUAGUAAUGAACCAUAUUUACCGUCUAUCCUGAGAAGAUUCAAUAUAAAACUUUUUGAUUUCGUCGACAUCAAUAGUUUAUAUAAGCAUGUCGAUAGUUUGAAGCCAUCAACGAAGUAUUUAAUUUUAACUUCUAUGAACAAGAAAGAAAAUGGACAAAUUCUAUGUACUACCAAAUGUCUAUUGACGUCAUUAAUAAAAGAUACCCUAGCCUCAGUAAUUAAUACUAAAAGCGUAUCUUUUGAAGCUCCAAAUAAUGAAACACCCGUAAGAGACCCUGAAAAGCUUUCAUCUGCUUCAAAAAUACAUCAUACUAUUGAAACGGAGGCUAGUCCUGUAAUUUUAAAGAAGCGGAGGUUGAAUAGGCGCAGAGUUCUACCGCUUGAUAGUUUGAAUUUUUUUGCUGGAGGCUUGAAUGUUAAGGCUUCAUCAGAAAGCAAAGAUAUAACUGAUGUUAAGGAGUCCAGAUGCGGUUUAGAUUCGAAGUCUGUCAUCUCAAGCCCUAUAAUUGGCAGAGCAGAGGAGAAACAUUCCUUAAUCUCUCAGGACACACAAAAAGUGGCUGGAGAUAUUGAAAAAGAAAAUGGUCACAAUAGCACUGGUGCUAUAAUCGUCAGUAGUCCGGAGUCAGAUGCUGUACGCACGAGCAAGAGGUUUUUAGAUAUAUCCCCACAGCAGUCGUCGACAAACAUGACACGACGUGACUCCCAAAAGAAAUCUGCUGACUUUGUUAACUUUGAAACUGCCGCUACAAGUUCUAUGGAGGAGGAUAAAGCUACUAAAGCUUAUAGUAUAACGGGCCAUCCCACACAUAGUGUAACUCAAACCUCGGAAGGGAGCCAUGAGCUUUUUAACUAUUCGCAAAAACUUUCCUUUCCAUUAAAAGCUGAUCUUGAGUCACCUGUAAAGGAAGUUUCUUUUAGAGAGAAGUCUAGUGCGCCACAUUCAUUUGUUCAAGCUAUACAACAAACAAAAAAGAGAGAAGUCAAAAGAGUUAAAUCAACCAUUGUUGAACUGGAAGAUGAUGAGUUGAGUGAAGAAGCUAUUAACCAACUAGAAAGGUUGGCUAUUGUAGAGGCCAAUAAUGAUUUACUAAGAAAGUUGCCUGAUUAUAGGCUGAAUACUGUGAGCAGUUCGACUGAAAAAGGUGGUAAUGGUGUAAUAAGGCAAGAGUGGCAAAGGCGUAAGAACUUCAAAACAUUUGUCAAAGCAUGGCCAAAGUUUAAGGCACAAAAGGAAGGGAGUAAGAACGACACUCAGAAGUCGGAUUUUAUAAGAGGUGCUGCCUUUUUAAUCACCAGAAACUAUGUUCCGCUAAAAAAGUAUUCAAAAAAGAACAAGGUUACAAAAUGGGACAAGGAAGAGAGUGAUGAUAUGCAUGCUCUGACUGAGAUGGAAAAAAUAGGAUCUAAUGCAUAUAUAUCUGAUACUACAAACUCAACCACAAUUCAUAAAAGACCACAAACUCAACGUAUAUUCAUAAGUGAGGAUAGUUCAGAUAACGGAGAGGAAGAUUCAUUCUCUUUUUCUCGUGGUUCAGAUGCUGCACCUAACGCUCAGCCAGGAACAAUUAAACUCUUUAUUACUGAUGAUAAUGGCAAUGAUAAUAAAAGCGAUAGAGUAUAUGAUAAAGGGAGCAGUUUCAAGUUGGUUACAGAGAGUGGGACUGAUUUACAGCAGAAUAUGUCUGAACAAUCUUUCAAGACAAAUGGGCGUGGCAUGGGCGCAAUCAGCAAAUCGCGUGGCUCGUCUAGAGCUUCAGAUAUCUAUCACAACAACAACAACAACAACAACAACAACAACAACAAUGCUGCUGAUGAUGAUGAUGAUGAUGAUGAUGAUGGUCCAAAAUUUAAGUUCAAAAGAAGAAAAGAAUAA